AUGCACUGCACCAUGGGUGCCAAGGACAAGGUGGUGGCCCAGCACUUCAAGAUGAUCAACAAAAACCAGAAAGACAGCAAGAAUGUGGCACAGGUGGUGAAGUUGCCCCUUUUGGGUGCUGAGGAAUCAGGGAAGAUCACCAUUGUCAAGCAGAUGAAGUUCAUCCACGAGGACAGCUACUUGGAAGAAGAAUACUGGCAGUACCAUGCAGUCCUCUACAGCAACACCAUCCAGUCAAUCAUGGCCAUUGUCAAAGCUGUGGGCAAUCUGCAGAUUAACUUCACCAAACCCUCCUGCAUAGAUGAGGCUAGGGACUAA